GACUAGACUGGUUUUGGCAAGAGCUGCUCUCCUCAGAAGUGCCCAGGCUUCUGGAAGAUCUCCUGGGUGAUCCCGAGAGCUACGUGCGUGCCAGCGCCGUGAGGACCUGGGGCCGUUUCUCCCUCAUGGCCUACUCUGGCCCAGAAGCGCCUGUUUGCAAAAGCAAUGAAAACCCCAAAGAGCUCUGCAUCGGUGGCGUUCGCUUGCUGGAAAUCUUGUCUUCGGACGCCGAAGGUUUCCCUCGACGAGCUGCCAUCGGCGUCUUCCUUGACUGGCUGAAGGAAGGACACCCCGAGGCCUCGGCAAGCCCCGCCGAGUUUGUUUCCCGAGCUCUUCAAGCCGUGGAUGGAGACCUAGAUUGGGAAGUCAAAAUGGCCGCUCUGGACCUGGUGGGAGUUUUCAUCGGCCAGACGUUCGGCCGGCUCGGGCAGAGCUCCACUUCAGCUGGUUCUUCGCUUGCCAAUCUUGCCGACGUGCUGCGGCUCUUUGGCCAAAUGAAAAUGUUGGGCUUCCUUUUCAGGGCCCUCCAAGACUGCGACAGGCCAGUGGCGGUCAAGGCCUGCGAGGUCCUUUUGGCUCUGAAAUCUGCUGUUUGCAAACACCGGUCGAAAUCAUCACCGUCGGGAGAUGCUUCCGGGCUAAAGGAAGUUCCCACGGAGAGCUCCUCCUCUUCUCUCUCCAGCCUUCCUGCCGGGGAGGCCGCUGAAAAGGACUGCCAGGAUCCCGAAAGGCUGCGCCGGAUCCUAGAAUUCACAGACCUGGAGGGUUUGCAAAGGGCUUUGGACGUGAGCAGCGAUCACCUGGAGAGG